AUGACCAAGAUCACGGACAAGAUCGCCCAGAAGCUGAAAGAGGACAAAUGCCACUGGAGCUUUGAGUACUUUCCUCCAAAAACGGAGCAAGGAGUUCUCAAUUUGUAUGAUCGUCUAGAGCGAAUGUACAAAUUGGGACCAGAAUUCAUUGAUGUGACUUGGAACGCCGGCGGUUCGACUUCAGACUUGACAUUGGAUAUAUGCACAACCUCACAAUCCGUAUAUGGUCUCGAAACUUGUAUGCACUUAACAUGCACCAACAUGCCCCGUGAAAAAGUCGAUAUUGCAUUGAAGGGAGCCAAGGAUGCUGGCAUCCAAAAUAUUCUAGCCUUACGAGGUGAUCCACCACGUGGACAAGAACAUUGGGAAGCUGUAGAAACAGGAUUUGCUCAUGCUUCGGAUCUCGUUGGAUACAUUCGACAGCAGUAUGGCGACUACUUUUGUAUUGGUGUUGCCGGAUAUCCCGAGGGACAUUUGGACAAUCCAAGCAAGGACGAUGAUAUCAAACAACUAAAACUCAAGGUCGACUGUGGUGCUGAUUUCAUUAUCACUCAGAUGUUUUAUGAUACGAAUCUGUACCUUGCGUGGCUCAAGGACUGUCGAGAUAUUGGCAUCACUAUCCCAAUCAUCCCAGGAAUCAUGCCCAUCCAAUCAUAUGGCGGCUUCCAACGCAUGACAACUCUAUCAAAAACCAUCGUACCCGACUUUAUCAAACAAGGACUAGAACCAAUAAAGGACGACGACGCAGCUGUAAAAGAUUUUGGUAUUCAACUGAGUAUUCAAAUGUGUAACGAAUUACGAGCUGGUGGUGUCCGAAGUUUCCAUUUCUGUACCUUGAAUUUGGAGAAAUCUGUGCGACGAAUUUUGGAGGGGCUAGAGUUUUACGUUGAUGCUGAGGUUGUUAAGCCGCUACCAUGGGUUCCAAGUCUAGCCAAAGGACGAGACAAGGAGACUGUCAGGCCAAUAUUCUGGGCCAACCGAACAAAAAGCUAUAUUGCACGCACCGAAUCAUGGGAUGAUUAUCCAAAUGGACGAUGGGGAGACUCAAGGUCGCCAGCCUAUGGUGACUUAGAUGGUUAUGGUGUCUCAUUGAAGUACUCCCACGACGAAUGCCGAGAAAUGUGGGGAGCACCACAAUCAACAGCAGACAUCAUCAAACUAUUCGCCGACUAUUGUCGCGGACAAUUGAAGGCAUUACCGUGGUCUGAAUCACCAUUGGCUCCAGAAUCAUCUCGUAUUCGUGACAACCUGACACAAAUGAAUGUCAUGGGUUACCUGACGAUUAAUUCUCAGCCGGCUGUUGAUGGUGCACCUAGUGCAGAUCGAUCAGUUGGAUGGGGACCCAAGAAUGGAUUUUGUUAUCAGAAGGCCUACUUGGAAUUCUUCGUCUCCCCCGAAGCACUGGAUAUCUUGACUGCUCGAAUUGCUACCGAUCCAUCCAUAACCUUUUACGCAGUCAACCGUCAUGGUGAUUUACGAACUAACACGAAAGGCGAUGGUCCAAAUGCAUUGACAUGGGGUGUCUUCCCUGGACAAGAGAUUGUUCAGCCAACUGUAGUAGAAGCUGUGAGCUUUAUGGCAUGGAAGGACGAAGCUUUCGAGUUAUGGGGCCGAUGGUCUAAUCUAUACGACCCCAAAUCUAAGAGCGCUCAGGUCAUUACAGAAAUCCACGAUACGUGGUUUUUGAUGAAUGUGGUGCACAACAACUACAAAGUCCCAGAAGCUGUGUUUGAUAUCUUUCACCUGAAUGUGGCUAAUGGUCAUCCAUAA